GGCAGCAGGGCCCGCACUGGAGCUGCCUGUGGCCCUCGUUGGGAUGGUUUGUUUCCAAAGGGAAGGUUCUUGUCCAUGGAAGGGGGCAAGUGUGUGGCUAACACCUCGUCCACUAGAAGGUUCCCUGCCUGUGGCAGGGUUGGGUGGAAUGAGAUAUCCUGAAGAUCCCUUCCAACCUUAACCAUUCCAUGAUCCUGUGAUUCCAGGAGUUCAGAGAUCUGCCAUCCACACCAAAGGGAUCAGCCCUGGAAGGAUGCUGGAGGGAAAGGUCCUGAGGAAAGUGAAAUCCAUCCCAGGCUGAGAGCAAGGCCUGCUUUUCUGUCUGGAAACCAGCUGGGAAUGAGCUGUCAGGUGCUGCUGGGCUUGCACUGGGGAAAGGAGAUCUCCCUUUGACUCUGCAGAUUCAAAAAGAACUACAGAAAUUGCCCCUGCUCAGCACAUUGAGAUGAACAUUUCCUCUCCCAGCCUGUGUCCCAGAGAGCUCCCUGAACUCCCAAAUCUCCCAGCCAGGCUGCUGCCCCCAAGGCAGAAAGCAGGGGAUUUUCAAGCAUAAUGAAAAUUACCUCUAACAAAAUUGAAUGGAGCACCAGGGUGAGCCCAAGGCUGGCACUGUCUGGGCUGUGCUUGCCUUUGGUUUUUGCCAGGUCUCUGAAGGACUGCUGAGAGCUGGUGCAGACCUGACCAGGCUCACCCUGCCAUCCUGGUAGGCACCUGGGGGCUGUGUCUGUCUCACUGGGAGAGGUGAUACAGCCCCUCACUGCCUCAUGGUGCACGGUGCUGUGGACCAGUGGCCACUGCUGCAAACAGCCUCUGGGCCAGCCCAGCACAGCAGACUUCCUUCAGAUUUCUCCAUGCUCAAUAAUCUUCAAGUGUAGAAGCCCUUGGACUUCUUUCUCAGGGAGUUUAAACUUAUGUUUUUAGCUGGUGCAGCUGCUGGAGAGGCUCUGGGUGCCAUGGGGAAGUUGUAGCUGCCCUGGCAGUGCCCAAGGCCAGGUUGGAGCAGCCUGGGACAGUGGAAGGUGUCCCUGCCCAUGGCAAAGGCGGCACUCCAUGAGCUUUAAGGUGCCUCUCAGCCCAGACUGGUGUGGGAUUCCAUGAGCAAAGCACUGUGAAGGAUCACUUGGAUGGAGGGGAUGAUGUUCCCCAGCAGGGACACAGCCCUGGAGCCCCCAGGGGGGCGGCAGCUCCCCCUCUGCUCGGGGCUGAGGUGGUGCUUGUUCAUGCACAGACAGAGGGGGGAAGGGGCCUCUCUGCCCCUUGGACAGCUUCCAAACCCACCGUCUCCCCUCGUGCGGCCCCGCUCCCUCCCCAGCCCCAAGAGUGGCUCCAUGGACUGAGAUUAGGCUGAGCCAUGUGUAUAAAUCCCCAGGGCAGCCUCGGGAGCCACAUCCUUGGCAUUGUUCAGGGAAGCUUGGGCAACCUCUUCAACCAUGGUGAACUGGACUGAUGGGGAGAAGCAGCACAUCACCAGCCUCUGGGCUAAGGUCGAUGUCACCAAGUGUGGCGGCGAGGCCCUGGGCAGGCUGCUGAUCGUCUACCCCUGGACCCAGAGGUUCUUCACUAAGUUCGGGGACAUGUCCAACUCCGGCAAUGUAAUUGGCAAUGGCAACGUGGUAAACCAUGGCAGGAGGGUGCUGACCUCCUUUGGGGACGCCGCCACGAACCUGGACAACAUCAAGAAAAGUUUUGCUUCUCUGAGCAAACUUCACUGCAAGAAGCUGCACGUGGACCCCAAAAACUUCAGGCUCCUGGGUGACAUCCUCAUGGUGGUCCUGGCCUCCCACUUCGGCAAGGACUUCACCCCUGCCUGCCAGGCUGCCUGGCAGAAGCUGGUCUGUGUGGUGGCCCACGCCCUGGCCCACGAGUACCACUGAGCAUCCUGGGAGCCUUCCUGCCUGGAGACACUCCUGGGGAAUCUCCUCGGGUUCUGCUGGGCUCUAAUCACCC